GUCAGUUGUGAUUGAACGAGGUUUGAGUGUAUUAAAUAUGGGCACCAUGGAUCCGGCGCUAGCGCAAGAGGUCGCGGCGAUGUCGCGUUGCCGCGCGAUCGACGAGGCUAUAGCGCGGGGCGACUCGGCCAUUCAAGAGUUUUAUAAAGAUGCUGUCGUAUUCGUCACGGGCGGGUCCGGGUUUCUUGGGAAACAUCUGGUGGAAAAACUGUUCAGGUCGUGCGACAUCAAACGAGUGUAUCUUCUGCUACGAGAGAAAAAAGGACAGACUUCGCAAGAGCGUGUCGCAAAAAUCUUUCAGGAUCCAGUAUACGAUGGACUACACAAACGUAAACCAGGCUUCUUAGAGCGAGUGACAGCUGUCCAUGGAGACAUCACACAGCUGCGCAUGGGCAUUAGUGAUCAAGACUGGUAUACGUUAGCCAAUGAGGUAAACAUAAUUUUCCACGUGGCCGCGACAGUUACCUUCGACGAGCCUCUUCGUCUAGCGACUAGAACUAACGUAAGAGGCACCAUGCAAGCGUUACUAUUGGGAAAGGACUGUAAACAUAUCAAAUCGUUCGUGCACGUGUCGACGGCGUACGCGCACGCGACCCACAGCCGCAUCGGGUGCUCCGUGCGCGAGGACUUCUACGACAGCCCCGGCGACCCCCGCACCAUGGUGGACCUGGUCGAGCAGCUGAGUGAAGAGAAACUGGCCGCCAUUAAACCUAGAUUGAUCGAAGACUGGCCUAACACGUACGCCUACACCAAAGCUUUAGCCGAGGAGGCUGUGAGGACCAUGUCAGGAGACCUGCCCAUCUGCAUCGUCAGACCCGCCAUAGUAAUAGCAUCGAAUCUGGAACCAAGUCCUGGAUGGGUCGACAUGAGCAGUGUUUACGGACCGAGCGGGCUUUUCCUCGGCUGCGGUCUCGGCGUCAUACACACAAUAAUGGCCAACGACGACACAUACAUCGACCUGAUUCCCGUGGACUACGUCAACAACGCCACGAUAGCGGCCGCCUGGGCCACGGGAACGCGCCACGGAAACGGACAGAAGGAUAUUAGGAUAUAUACCGUGUCGCCGGCGAGGAACCCUGCUAAAUGGCGGGAAAUCUUCGAGAUAUCCUAUUCAAAAGCGGUGUUAUGCGGCACUCCGAAGGCCAUCUGGUACAACUUCGACAUCCACACGAGGUACCGGUGGGUGUUCGUGCUGCUGACCUGGCUGCUACAUUAUAUACCGGGAUACCUGGCUGACGGGGCCCUUAUGUUACUAGGGAAGAAGCCGAAGGCGAUGAAGAUAUACAGAACGUGUUACAACCUGUCGUCGGUGCUGGCUUACUUCACCUGCCACGAGUUCUACUUUAAAGACGAAAACUUGGUACAGCUGCAGAAGAGCCUAUCUAAAACAGAUAAAGCCAUAUACAACUUCGAUGUGGAGAAGAUGAAUUGGACCGAGCAGAUGGUGAUGUGGGCCAUCGGCCUGAGGAAGUACAUCAUCAAGGAUGGUCUGAAGGACACCGAUUAUGCCGUUAAGAAGCAACAGGUCCUGAGGGUGCUAAAUUACCUGGUCGGCGCGCUGUAUCUUUACGCUAUCUAUAAGCUAUGUAGCUACGUUUGUAUGUUUGUCUGGGUGUUAGCUAGUUUAUAAUAAAUAUUUAAUUAUUU